AUGGUAACGAUUGUUGACGAUCUAGAUUCUUUGAGUUUGCAAGAGCCUAUAUUUAAGGAUGUUAAAUAUUACCUCUCUGGCGAUGUCUCUGAAAGGAUUUUGCACUUGCUGCAGUCAGGCGGCGCAGAAAACACAAAAUAUUUCUCAGAUUAUGUUACACAUCUAAUUUGUGGUCAAAAUGCCGCUGAUACGGAUCUUGAUGACGCACAGGAUAUCUACCAGAUUCCAGCUGUAACCGAAAGCUGGGUUCUUGCGUGCGCCCGUUUGAAGAAAUUGGCGAAUCCAAAACCAUACAGCCCUAAUAAGAAUAAAAUAUUUUCGAAUGUCAUUGCAUGCAUAUCGAAAGUAAGCCCAGCAGAUAUUAAGUCAUUGUUUGCUCUCCUUACAUAUCAUGGGGGAAAGAUAAAAUUGAAUUUUGACUCUCAGUGCACCCAUCUUAUUUGUGGUUCUGCAUCUGGAAAAAAGUACAGUUUAGCUCUUACUUUGCCUCCUUCUCGAGUGAAGAUAGUAACCCCGGACUGGGUGAUAGAGAGUUUGAGGGCAAGAAUACAAGCAGUAGCUGAAGUUUUUCAUCCAAAAUUGUUAAUAAUUCCUCAACCACCUCCUAAACCAAUGGAUCGUAUUAGUGCCAUAACUGGGUUUGACUUUGAGGAAGGCAUAGCAAAAAAUGAAGUGCCCACUCAGAAUAUGACUGAAAAUAAAGAUGACAGCACACAGGCACUUCUAGAUAAACUUAAGCAGAGGAUGCCUUGGAAUCAUCCUCCAUCAUCUAACACUAACACUUCAGCAAUAGCUACUGCUGCUGUAAGUUCAAUGGGUUAUACUACAGCGAUGUCUACAGCUGGCAUUAUUAGCAAAUCAAUGCCCCAAGGUAUUGCCACCCAAAAUCUCCAAAUCCAAAAUAGUCAGGGUAAUACCCAACUAAUGCAAAAGUUUGGUCAAAGUUCUUUAGUAUCACAAGCUGGUAUUAGUAUGCAGGGUCAACAAAUAAAUCAACAACAACAGCAACAACAACAGCAGCAGCAACAGCAACAACAACCACAUGGUUUAUCUGCAAUUCAAAUACAGCAACAAAAAUUGUUGCAACAGCACCAGCUCAGAAUGCAAAUGUUACAACAGAAACAGCAAGGAUUCCAACAAUCUAAUGUUUCUGUGGCCCAGAUCAAUCAAAAUAUUUCAAAUCAAAUCCAACAACAUAUUCAGAAUAAUCAGCACCAUAUACAACAGAAUCAAAACUUGAAUCAAUCGCCAAACACAUCAAUGAGCUCUGCACAGCAGCAAAUUGAGAGUAUUAGUCAAAUGUUAAGCCAAAGUGCUAAUAAUCUCCAGCAAGCACAAUUAAACCAACAGAACUUAGCCAUGAAACAAAGUUUGAGUCUAAGCCAGCAAAGUGCAGUUCAGAAUAUUGCUCAACAACUUGCUCAGUCGACUCAAAACUUACAGCAGAGCUUGCAGAAUGCAAAGCUUAAUCAAAAUUUGGGUCAGACUCAGGUUCUUAACCAACAACAGCUAAUAAACUCAGGGCAGCAGCUAUCAGCUCAAAAUCAAACCUUGAUUCAACAACAAACGGUGCAAUCCUUGACCAACCAGCAACAAAGUAUAAACAUGGGUGUGGUGAGUCAGCAGGGGCUUGUGACAUCAUCUCAGGGCCAAAGUAGUCAGGGUGUUCAACUGAAUCAGCUUGUUAGUAAUACUGGUCAGCAAAAUGUUAUUGGGCAACAGAUACAAUCAGUACAGCAAGGGCUUACAAGCCAACAAAGUGGCAAUGUGCCAGUUCAAGGGUCUUGGAGGCAACAAAACAUACAAAUGGUUCAAAAUGUACAAGGCCAGCAUCAAAUAAUCAGAAGCCCAUUGGUGCAAACUCGCAAUCCACAGAACCAAGUAAUUUUACAGCAACAGAUAAUGCAGACACAGCAACAAGCUCUGAUAAACAAUCAACAAGCACAAUUAAGUCCGCAACAUACAAUCCAACAAGCCUCUCAGCAAAUCUUACAGCAGUCUAUUGGUUCUCAAGGUCAAACUCAUCAUCAAAUAUUGGUCCAAAAGCAACAGUUGCUUAAUAGCAGUGGACAGCAGCAACUAGUACAAGCGCCACAACAAGUGUUAAUUAAUCAACAUACAGGGCAACAGCAAAUAUUGGUGCAUGGUAACCAACAAGUGACUUUACAGGGUGGCCAGCAAAUUGUAUCCCAAAAUCAAAUUGUUCAUCAAGGGGGCCAGAUAGUCAAUCAAGGUGGCCAACAGAUUAUUACCCAGGGAGGUCAGCAAGUGUUAUCACAGGGUGGACAGCAUGUAAUAACACAGCAAGGGCAACAGCACCAAGUUGUUAUAGCUCAGUCAUCUCAACAAAUUGUGUCACAAACAGGACAGCAAAUUAUCGGGCAGACUGUUGGACAAGGUCAACAAGUUCUGUCACAAGUGCCUCAAUCCCCACAGCCUGGAUCUCAACUGACAGCUGGUGGAAACAUUCAACAAAUUAUCACACAUAGUGGAGGUCAACAGAUUGUUUCACCAGGAGGACAGCAAAUAGUGCAAGGUGGUCAAAAUGUUUCUUGGCAACAGCAACAGUAUUUGCAAAGACAGCAGAUAGGCCAGGCGGGAACAGUAGGACCAAGGGUUUCGUGGACAGCUGGUGGAGGUGGAAGGCAGCUUAUCCAUUUGGAUGCGCAAACCCACGCUCAAUUGCAACAAAUGGACCCAAAACAGAGAGCAAUGUUUGUGGCACAACUACAGAAGCGGCGUCAAUUAUCAAUACAGAGGGCUGCAGCAUUAGCACAGCAACAGCAACCGGGUGGCGUGGCUGGUGCCGGGAACUCACCAACACCAGCUCCUCAAAGUGUCACCUUCAUACGUAGCCAACUGCCGCCUGGACUAACUCAACAACAGCAAGUGCAAUGGCUACAACAGCAAGGCGCUCGCACGACAACUAUUCCCGCUCCGGCGCCAACACAGCCGCCACAAUCGCCAGUUGGCGGGGCUCCUGUGGCGAGUCCCGUGGGCGCGGGCACAGGAACUGGCGGCGGGGCGGUAGAGACGCAGCUGCAGCAGCUUCAGCGCCAGCAGCAGUACCAGCGCUUGCAGCAGCUGCAGGCGCAAAGGGAGCACGUGGCGCAUCAUCACGCAGCCGUCAAACAGGUGGGCCCUGGUGUAACACAGCAUGUGGUGGGUGCGACGACGUUGACUGAGCAACCGGUUGACGCAGCUCUAUUGACACAGACGCCUGAACAGCAGCAAGCAGGUGCAGCUGGCAAUACACUGCUGGUGAACCCAAAGACAAAGACAGCGUUGGCCAACAUGCUGAGUAUCCGCUUACAAGGGGGCGCUGCCCCUCCCGAUCACGAGCCGUCUGCAGCCGGCACGCUGAGGCUGAUGACGGCGGCGCACGCGGCGCAUGCGGCACACGCGGCGGCGGGCGGCGUGCGCGCGCCGGCGCGCCUGCUGCUGGGCCCCGCGCACCACGCGCACCAGGCUGUAGGGGCGGGCGUGGGCGUGGGCGUGGGCGUGGGCGUGGUGGGCAGCAAGGUGUACGCGGGCGGCGCGGCCGCGGCGGCCGGCGUGCGCGCCGCGCCCCCGCGCGCGCAGUUCUACGGACACAACCCCAACCUCAAGCUGCCGCCAGACCUCUUCCUGCUCGGCUGCGUUUUCCACAUCGUGGAGUACCAGCAGUCGUUCGGCGCGGAGCGCGUGGCGAAGUGGGCGGAGGCGAUCCAGCGGCGCGGCGGCGAGGUGGAGGCCGGCUACUGCGCGCGCGUCACGCACGUGCUCUGCGAGACGCAGCGCCACGGCGUCGUCAUGCAGGCUCUGCGCGACGCGAAGCGGUGCGUGACCGCGUACUGGCUGUCGGACGCGAUGGAGCGGCGCGGAGUGGCGCCGCCGUGGCAGGCGCUGCACCUGCCCGGCAUGCACGCGCCGCGCGACCGCCCCGCGCGACACCACCGCGCCGCGCUCUCCGGCUGGCGGCGCGACGAGCGGCGCCGCCUCGCCUGCUGCCUCGACCUCGUCGGCGCCAAGUUGACGCCGUACAUGUCGCGCGACAACACAGUUCUGGUGUGCAAACGUGCUGAGGGUGCCAAGUAUCGGCGCGCUCGCGAGUGGGGCGUGCCCGUCGUAAGCGCCGCCUGGGUCACUGACCUGUUGCUCGGCAACAUGAGCGCGCUGUCGCAGAUUGAAAACGCCAAGUAUCAGCAGUUUAAUUUGGCGAGUCCGUUCCGAAUUGACUACAGCCUAGUUUCACAUUUAAUGAACGCGUGGAAAAUGCCGAUCAACAUAACGCAGGAGUCGCACGAGCGGGCGAAGCGCAGCGCGGCGGCGGCCGGCGGCGCCCGGCGCGCCAAGCGGCCGCGCCUCGAGCCCCCCGACACCGCGGGCCCGGGCGCAGCGGGGACCCCCGGGCCGCCCGCGGCGCCCGGGCCCCCCGCGCCGGCCGCCGCGCACCCCCCGCUGCACCUGGCGCCGCGCGUGCUGUUCUCGGGCGUGCCCGCGCACGAGCAGUCGCGCCUCGCCGCCGUCGUUAGGCAACUUGGCGGGCUCGUCGUUACGUCUGCGGCAGAAGCAACGCACUUAAUAAUGGAUAAACUCGUGCGUACGUGUAAACUGGUCAGUUGCCUUAUCACAGUGAAACACCUCCUCUCACCCGAGUGGAUAUUGGAAAGUCAGCGACUAAAUAAGUUUGCCGACGAAGCCAAAUACGGUCUCCGCGAUGAAGCAUUUAACAAGAUGUUUAAAUGUGACGUGUCCGAAGUAUUACUGUGCGGGGAACAAAGAAAGAAAUUGUUUGAAGGUGUGACUUUCUUCCUGACACCUUGUGUGAAACCCGGUAGGGCCGCUUUGACAGAAAUGAUCGAACUUUGUGGCGGUAAAGUUGAAAGGAGCCGUCGCUCAUACGUCUCUAUACAAGAAAUGCACAAUCAGAAGCCCUACAGUUACUUGGUGUUGACUGUCCCCAAUGAUUUGCAUCUUGUGUAUUAUUUACUACAAUCAGAAAAGACUUUGAAUGUUGUUUGCAGUACAGAAGUGGUGCUAUCUGCAAUAAUGCGACAGAAACUGGAGGUUGAAGAAUUUCUUGUAAAAAUUGACUAA